UGUAUUUCAAAGCGUGCUUCACUAAUUCUUGAGAUCCAUAGUUUGAUAGAUUAUCUUAGAAACCACUAAAGAAAAGAGGGCAAGAAUGAUUUUUAAACCUUACAAGAGGUGGAAUGAAUGGAGCAUAUUAUCAUACGCGGAUCUGAACACUAAAGGUGAUAGUGAGAAAAAACGUGCUACUAGCACAUCCAGUUCUAAGAAAUUUAGGAAAAUGUCAUUUCCGAAGCAAGAAGCAUGUAGUGUCACUGCUAUUUUAAUCGCUGUAAUAAUUGUUAUCGCCACAUUGACAUCUAUUACUAAACCAGCUGAAAGCUGUUCUGUAGAACAUGACCUAUCACAAUAUCAACGAGCUAUUUUUGUGUCACGAGCAGAAGAGCGUACAGAAGAAGAACCAAAAGCCAAAACUGGUGAAACUUUUCCGUGGAAAGACAUACGUUUACCUUCUUUCGUAUUACCCAUACACUAUGAUUUAUUGAUGAAGCCUAAUCUUAAAACCUUUGAAAAUUCUGGAAGUGUGAAUAUAACUUUCCAGGUCACAGCCUCUACAAAUUUUAUUGUUUUACAUUCGAAGGACCUUAAUUUGUCAAGUAUCUUAAUAAAUGAAAAUGAUGGAAGAGAAAUACCUGUUCUUCAGUAUUUGGAAUAUCCAGAACAUGAACAAUUGUACAUAAAAAUUGAUGGAAAUUUCAUGCCUAAUCUGGAGUAUAAAUUAUUGAUUGAUUUUGAGAGAAAUCUAGAAGAAAGCAUGGAUGGAUUUUAUUUGAGCUCCUACAAGACAGGAGAUGGUCAGAAAAGGUAUCUUGCAACAACAAACUUUGAACCAACUUCUGCACGAUCAGCUUUCCCCUGUUUUGAUGAACCUGCCAUGAAAGCUACUUUUCAACUCAAAAUGGUUCAUGAUAAGAAUUACAAAGCUUAUUUCAAUUCAGAAGCUAUACAAACUGAACCAUAUUCUGAAGAGCUUUCUAUAACAUCUUUUCAGAAAACUGUUAAAAUGAGUACAUAUUUGGUUGCUUUUAUUGUUUGUGAUUUUAGAGAACGUCAGAUUACAAACGUUGAUGGCAUUAAUAUUCGAGUGCUUGUUCCUGCCGAACAAUACGGGGAGUCUGAAUUCGCCUUAGAGAUAGCUGGCGAUGUUCUUCACUUUUACAAAACAUUUUUCAAUAUCAGUUAUCCUUUGUCUAAAUUAGAUAUGGCCGCUAUUCCUGAUUUUGCCGCUGGAGCCAUGGAGAACUGGGGUCUUGUAACUUUCCGCUUGAUAGCUGUUUUGUACAACCCUUCAGAAACAUCAACUAACAGCCAAGGAAUUGCAGCUUCUGUUAUAUCUCAUGAAUUGGCUCAUCAGUGGUUCGGUAAUCUCGUGACUAUGCAGUGGUGGAAUGACUUAUGGCUGAAUGAAGGUUUUGCAAGUUUUAUGGAAUCUAUUGCUUUGGACAAUAUAAGACCAGAAUGGAAAAUGAUGGAUGAGUUUCCUGUUGUCGUUACUCAGCAUGGCCUAACCUUAGAUAGUCUUCUAAAUUCUCAUCCAAUAGUUACUGAAGCUGCGGAUCCUCUCGAAAUUCAGGCAUCAUUUGACAUCAUAGCUUAUAGAAAGGGUGCUGCAAUACUAAACAUGUUAGCAGAUUCCGUUGGUAUGGAAACUUUGCAAAAAGGAUUGUCAUAUUACUUGAAAAAAUAUAGUUUUCAGAACGCACGUACUGAAGACCUGUGGAAUGCAUUUACUGAAAAUGUGUCACAGGUUAUGGAUACAUGGACGCGACAAAAAGGCUAUCCUCUCAUUACUGUUACACUUGAACAUCCUACAGUAAAGGUAAAACAAGAAAGAUACCUGCUUAAAGCACCUGAAUCCGAUGAUGCCUCGUCUUCAGACGUGUCUCCAUAUGGCUACAAGUGGUUUGUUCCUGUCACGUACGUCACUGAUCUCUCAAAUACACAGAAUACGUACUGGUUAAAUAUGUCUAACGGUGAAUUCGUUUUACCCGCUGAAGCAAAGUGGCUCAAAGUAAAUUUCAAACAAACUGGUUUUUACAGAGUUAUGUACGAUAAUGACUUAUGGAAAAAGCUGACUGAUGUGCUGCAUUCUAAUCAUAAGACUUUUUCACCUUCUGAUCGGGCUAAUCUACUGGAUGAUGCUCUGUCACUUACAAGAUCAGGAAUUUUGGACCCCGUGCUUGCUUUUAAUAUAACUCGUUAUUUAGGAAAAGAAGACGAAUAUGCACCUUGGCAAUCAGCCGUUCUUCGUUUUGAACAAAUAAAUGUACUCAUGCAAGAUAAUCCUGCUUUUCUUUCAUUAUUCCAGAAAUAUGUUGUGAAAUUGUUAAAACCUGCCAUCAAUGUACUAGGAUGGGAAGAUGAAGGGAGCCUCAUGCAAAAAAAACUGCGAUCCAUCAUUUUGGCAACAUCGGUACUGUAUGGGGAUGAACAAACUAUAUCUAGAGCAAAGCAAAUAUUUCAAGACUGGAUGCAGAACGGUGUAAAAGUGCCGCCCAACUUGCGUAGUGCUGUGUAUAAUGCUGCUGUUAUGUAUGGUGGCAAAGAAGAGUGGGAGUUCUGCUGGAGACAAUAUCAAGAAACACAAGUUCCUUCUGAACAAUACCUACUUUUAGCUGCUUUAGGAAGUACUCGUAAUGCAUCACAAUUAAAUCUGUAUUUAAAUUAUUCUAUGGAUAAAGAUAAAAUAAGGCCUCAAGACAUGUUUCUGGCAAUUGCUUAUUCUGCUCGUAAUCUCAAUGGUCGUUCUUUAACGUGGAAUUUUGUGCGCUCUAACUGGAAUCGGUUUUUGGAAACUUUUGGCGAAGAAUUUUUUGCAUUGGGCAUGAUUAUAAGUGAAACUGUUUCUUACUUCUCUACUCAAGCUGAUUAUGAUGAGGUAAAGAAUUUCUUUAGUGGAGUAAAGGUGGGAGCUGGUAUGGAUUCUCUAAAACAAAGCCUUGAGUUAAUUAAAAUAAAUAUUCAGUGGCGUGAAAGCAUCGAAGCUUCCGUUACAGAGUGGUUACGGCAGAAUAUUAAUUAAUUUUUUGUAGACUCACAGAUUUAUUAGCAGUAAGAGUCACUGUACAUCAUAAAUAAACGCCAUGUAAAAAAUAUUACACUAAUAUUCUUCUUGAAAACUUAUUUUUUCGGGAUGUACGUUUAGCCCUUUAAAAAAUGCAUAAAAGCAUAACUUUUCAUUGAGCACCUGUAGAUUAUAUUAUUUUUCUUUCUAAUGUUUUAUCUGGUUUUUACUGUGUCUUUAUGCUUGAAGGUGCUGCAAAAAUUCAAUUAAAUUUUUCUUCUUCAUGUACUUUAUUUUCCUUUCAAUGAAACUUUCUUAACUUCAAAACUUUAUUACGUUGUUUUGAUGAUUGAAAUUAGCUUGAAUUGUUUUGAUAUAUGAUGUUAUAAAGUGAUAAGCUUUCACACAAAGUACAAAUAAUUACAUAAAUGGUACAAUAAUUACAAAGUACAAUAAUUACAAAAAUGUGCUAUCUUCUAUUAUGCGUCAAAUUUCUUAAUUAAAAGCCUUAUAUAAAGACGUAUAGAUAUGAAUAAAUGUGACGCGCCAAAUUUGAAUAUUAAGCUUUCAUAAAUCUUUAUUGGACUAUUCGGUAACUUUUGUAUUCUUUAUAUUAUCAAAUGCUAUCUGUAUUGUGUUAACAGCUUACAAAAUUGAAAUUCAAUAAUUCAAUGAAAAUAAAACUUUUUACUCAUUAAUUAUUAUAAUUAAUGAUAAUGAGUUAUUUUAUUAUGCAUUACAAAAUAUUUUAAAAUUAGUUAAUUAUAAGUAAACAUACAUUUUUAAUAAAUGUUUAACGUACAGUUGUUAAUGAAAAUCCAAGUUAAUUAUAAUUGCACAGAACCUAUGAAAUAUUGCUUUAAACUGAGUUGUUUAAAACCAUUAGUCACAAAUCAAAUUAUAAUCUAAAUACAAGUAUAAUUUAUAAUAUAGAAAAUAUGAAUUUUUUUCUUUAUGCAAUACAUGAUAAACUGGCUUUAAUCUAUAUUUCCUCUUAAUUUAAGUGAAUGAAAAUAUUUCCAUUAAAAAUUAUUCUUGAUGAAUGUUUAUCACAUGUUUACAGCUGGAUAAUAUAGAUUAUGGUGUGGUAAUCAGUGACUUUUUAUAUAUUCAAAAUUAAAUCGAAUUAUAAAUGUUAAAUUUAUUAUUGUGCAAAAUAUACUAAGAAAGGUAAAAUUUUUCACUCUAAAGAGAAUGUUGUGAUGAUUCACUUUAAUAAAUGAUUGCCACUUUUAAA